AUGCAUUGGAAUGAUGUUGACGAAAUCGCUAUUCACUUAGAAGAAAACUAUCCCGACGAGGAUAUAUCUGAAUUAACCAUACAAGAUCUUGAGGAUUUAGUAAAAUCACUAAGUGAAUUUGAUGAUCAUGAGGUUGAAACAAAUAGAGAAGUAUUAAAAGAAAUACUUGAAGCUUGGGAAGAACUUAGAAAUAAUAAUUCGCAAGAAUAG